AUGGUGAUGCGGGCAGACGCGCGGCCCUCCGUGCAGGCGAGCUCCGGGUCUAGCAGCUUCAGCAUGCUCGGCCGGGCCUCUGCAGCGGCCCUCUGUGCCUUGGUGGCCACAGUCGCAGGCAGACGUUCCCACCAGCGCGCCGAGAAGGUUGUGGUCCGAAUUUUCCCAACUCGGGUGCGCAGCCGACAAAAGACCAUGCGUCGCCUGGAACCAUUCGGCGAGAUGCCCGCAUGGUCGCGCAAGCCCCUCCUGAGAAAAAGGCUCAAGCAACCCUGGCGAAAGCGCCCAUCGCCCAAGUUGUCCAUGAAAGGUCGCUACUGGAUAGAGAGAUCACGGGUCAGCUGCCACUAUAACGUCAAGAUCUCACAGCUCACCAAGUAUGUCUUGCGAGCUUUCAAGGAGGGUCGCAAGCACCCAAUCGACACUUUGAUGCAGAUCCUGGAGAGCCGCCUCGACAACUUCGUGUGGCGAGUGGGCCUGGCACCGACCAUGGCAGCCGCGCGCUGGAUGGUGCGGGAGAACCACAUCCAGAUCCGCCAUGCACGGAAGGAAGAUGACUGGCGAGCGCCACGCUGGGUGACCACGAAUGUGCCAUCUACACUUCUGAUGCUGGGUGACCAGAUCCGGGUGCGCCCGAAGAAGAGCUCCCAAGGUCUUGCAAAAAAGCACCAAGAAGAAGAUGGCGAGGUUGAUGUCCCCGACCAUCUGGAGUGGGAUCGCGAGGCGCUGUAUGGCAGGUACAAUGACGUGUGUGAUUCAAACCAACUGGGGAUGAAUGUUUGCGAGGACUUCUUGCUCUACAAGUUUCUUGGGCCAACGGGUGUCAGACAGCGGCACAUCCGCUGGUUCGAGGGCACCACCAUUCCCAUCCCAAAGAUCUACAACGGAGGCCGCAUCCGACCCACACCCGAGAACAUCCUGAACAUGAAGAAGGGAGCUGGCAUGCGCAAGCGUGGCAGGACCCGACCUCCUUCGUUGUGGGGCAUGAAGGGCGGCAAGCAGCGCAACGACCCCUGGGAGUACGGCAGCAAGGUCAAGGUGGAGAUCUCCAUCAACGACAAUGUGCACAUGCUGAAAAGAUACACCGCACGCAAGAUGCUGAUCCCAGUUGAAGACAUGAUCCUUGUCUACCAAGGUAAGCUUGAUUUCGUCAUCCAGAAGGCGCUUGGUUGGACUGCCCGACACGCCGGCAGACAUACGGGAGCCCAAGCAGACAAUGGAUGCAACGCAAGCAUCCUUCUGAUGUUUGCAAUGGGCAUGCGGCAAGUUCAGCACUUGCAAACGCACCUGAAUGUGCUACGCGAAGUUUUUGACUUGCAAAGCAGAGGUGUACGGGAUGUGAAGGUCGAAGGUGCAAACUUUGCAAACGCUCUUUACAGGCAGACCCAUGAAGUGUGUUUGGCCCCUGGCAAAGACUGGAGGGCAAAUUGCUACUCGGAACACUUCAGUGGACGAGAUCGACACGCAUGCAUCGCCUAUCAUAGCAUUCUCAUCGCUGCUCUGAUGCCUGAGGAGAAUGGGUCACUUAACACUACCGAGAGUUCUUUUCGCUACAACCGCCACGCGGGGGCCUCAGCCUGCGGUAAGGGCAGUGAAGAUGGGCUCCUCUAUGUACUGAAUCGUGAGACAGGCAAAGUCUUCGAGGAAGUCAUUCCCGGCCCAGUAUGGUCCAUACUGAAAGGGUUGUAUGCGACGACAGCAUGCGGGAUAGUUCCUGCGCAUCCUCUCAGAUGUUGUCUGCGGAGGUUGACCCAGCAUGCCGGUCGCAAGAUGCGCUCGACGUCCAGCAAGAAGGACGUCCAGAAAUUUAUUCAUGUGUAUAACAUUGACAUGGACGAGGUGCUGCUCCCACUGAGCGAAUUUCACUCAAUGAAUGACUUCUUCACACGCGAGCUGAAGCCUUCGGCGCGACCCAUUCACAGCCCCCAGGAUGCCAGCGUUUUUGUCAGCAGCGCAGAUUGCCGAGCCAUCGUCUUUCCAAACUUUGAAGAGGCGGCACGCGUUUGGAUCAAGGGCUCCAAGUUCUCACUGGCAGAACUGUUGGGAAGCUCUGCUGCGGCAGAGCCUUUUCUGCGGAAGUCAGGCUGUUCUGUGGCUGUUCUCCGCCUGGCACCACAGGAUUACCACCGCUUCCACUUCCCCUGCGGCCCGGGCCAGGUCUUGAGCCAGAACUGUUUGUCGGGGGAGUACUACUCAGUGAACCCGGUGGCUAUUAACAAUUCCAGCGUCGACGUGCUCACUGAGAAUUGUAGAUCCGUCAGCCUUCUUCAGCAUGCCGGCUUUGGCCUAGUCGCCUUUGUGGCUGUGGGCGCUACGCUGGUGGGCUCCGUGGAACUUCUGAGAAAGGUAGGCUCGGAUUUCCAGAAGGGAGAUUGCUAUGGAUAUUUCCAGUAUGGAGGGUCCACUUGUGUUGUCCUGACGGAGCCUGGAGCUGUGCAGUGGGACACGGACCUGACGCUGGUAUCGGGUUCUGAUUAA